AUGGCCACAUUUGCAUCAUCAGCUAUAGCAAAAAAUCUAGCUGAUGGAGAAGCAGUCGACGAGUUGCCAAAAGCUAAGUAUGAACCAAAGAAGCUGCAUACGAAUGAAAUCGCUUCAUUAUUCGAUUUGAAGAGUGAGUACAUUAAAAAGAAGAAUGACAUCGUCAAGUCAGCCACCGGCGAGACCUACAGAUCCGGGAAAAGUGUGAGUUAUGGUGAUUUAGUUUAUUUUACAUUCUGGAUCCGUUUCUACGAGUUUCCUUUCCAGGAAAAAACAGAGCUCUAUGACAAGCUGUCCGAUGGUAGCCUAGUUCUGAAGAACAGUGACGGCCUGGAUGUAGAGUUUCUUGUUGACUUCAACGCAAAAGUGAAAGAAAGGCAAGAAAACCAAUUGUCGAAGGUCAGCUGUAUCGAUGGAAAACCAUCUACCUCUAGUACUCCCACUGAACGAGCUCCUGUUAUUGAACACUAUGUUCCAGAAGAAGAGAGAAGAGUAUAUGGUGUCUCACACAUGAAGUUCGCCUCAGAGGAAGAAAAGAGACAAGAACAGAUCAAAUCGCUUUAUGACAUGACUGCCGAAACAGAAAAAAUGCGGGCAAAGAAUAAGGCUGAGGCUGAGAAAAAGGCACGUGCUAGGAGAGAAAAACUCAACGCGUUACGGAGGAGAAAGGGUUUGCCAGAAAGGACGCCUUCACCUGAGCCGGAGUUACCUGAUGUUGACGUUAGCGAGAUACCUCUGCCUAUUGAGAAGCCCCUACAACUACGAGAGCAAAAGCCUGAAAGAGAGUGGGAUCGAGGCAAAGGCCGAUACAAUACAUGGAUACAAAAGCAACGAGAUGAGCGUGACGAAGAGUUCGCCCCACCCUCUUUCUACUAUCAAUAA